CAAAAACUUAAAGACCCUUAAUUUUACCAAAAUUCGAUUUCCCGCCCCACAAAUUUGCUGAAACUUAAUUUUUACUUCCACCAUUUUCAUUUCUGUGUAGCAAAUCCACUGUAACCAAAGAGAAAAAGAACCCACCUUUAUCAAUGGAGAUGCUUUAAUAUAAUUCAAGAUUCAAUUUUUUAUUUCAACACUGUACAUUGGGUUCUAUCAAUCUUUCUGGAUUUUGUGUUAAAUCCUUUUCUCAAGGGUUCAUGUUGGAUUAGUGAUUGCAGGAUGGAUGAAGAUAAUGCUGUUGAAAGGUGUCCUAAAAGUCGUCCUGUUUUGGGAAAUAUAACGAAUCAGCUUGGAAACAAGAGACCAUUUUCUGCACUUUUGGGGAAUUCAAGUCUAAAGUGUGUAGAUAAGGGAAAUGAAAAUCUAGGGGUUAAAGUUGUUUUGGUAGAUGAUGGAGAUAAUGCAAAACGUGUUUGUGUUGGUCCUCGGCCUUGUAGCAAGAUUAAGUCAUCAAAGGUAGAUGUUGUAUCAGGGAUUUCAAAUAUACCAAAUGACAACCAGGAUCCCAGUUUGUUGCGAGUUGAUUCAGCUACUGCUAUCUGCCAAAGUACAAUCGGAGAUAACAACGAGAACAAUGAUGCUUGUGGGAGUGCUAUUGAAAUUGUCAAUGAUCGGGAAAUAAUUCCAAAGAAAAAUUCUGAAGUUAUAAAUGAUAUGGAUGGUUUGGUAACUGGGGUGCCAGUGCCAGCAUUGUCCGGAACUGAUGACCAUGAUGCUGCCCGGAGUUGUGAAAUUAACGACGAUAGUGAGGGCACUGAAAGUGAGGAUAUGUUUCCUAAUGGCCCCGAUGAACUUGGUCUUGAUAAUCUGGUUAUGAGUCAGUCUGGGUCAGUAGACUUGGCAAGAUUGCCAGAUUCACAGGAGUCAAGAGUUAAACUUGAGACAUGUACAGGAACACAAACUUGUGAGGAUAAUUCAGGUUUAAGUGCUAGCAUUGAGUCAAUCAAAGCUUGCUCUUGUACCUUUUGCACCAAAGCUGCUUAUAUAUGGUUAGACCUACAUUACCAGGAUACCAAGGGUCGGAUAAGUGCCAUAAAGAAGAGUCAGAGAGAAGCAAGUCUUUUAGUUGAAAGAAGUGGCAAGGGUAAAGAGCUUCAGAAGGAGGGUCCAGAAAAGAAUACUGAAGCAGCAAAUCUUGAGUCAAGUUUAAUGGGUCACUGGAAGUCACUCUUUCAACACAUGGAGCACAUUUUUCAACGGGAAGCUGACCAGCUAGAAGGUAGUUUAGUUGCACUGACCGACCUCAAAGACAGAUGCAAGACAGAACUGGAUUCGUCCAAUGGGACCUCAGAGAACUGCUAGAUGGUUCCAAAUCUUCUGUUUGAGGUUCAUUUUCUAUAAGUUUUUUUGGUUGCUCAUGUUUUAACAUGAUCUAUUGUACUUGUGAAAUCUUGUUUAACAGUUCGGUUGAUGUAAAGUAGUUAGAAAAUGGUCUAACAUUCUUGGUGAUCAUACAUCACUGCAGUUUUUAUUAUAGUUUGAGGCUAUAUAUCAAUUGCUUUCAAAGCUA